AUGAAUUUUGGAGGCAUGCCCCGCGGGGGCGGACGGAAGGAAGGGAAAAAAGAGAGAGAGAAGACCAACACUCUUGAUCUCUCACCCAACUCCAACGAUACGAAACUGUACGACGUGCUCGGGAUUUCGAAAUCCGCGGACGCGACGGAGAUUAAAAAAGCGUACAGAAAAGCGGCGAUUAAGAAUCAUCCGGAUAAAGGCGGCGACGAGGCGAAGUUUAAAGAGUGCACGCACGCGUACGAGGUUUUAUCCGACCCAGAGAAGAGAGAGUUGUACGAUAACUACGGCGAAGAGGCGUUGAAAGAUGGCGGGGGCGGUUUCGGCGGAGGCGGAGGGUCGCCGUUUGAUAUUUUUGAGCAGAUGUUUGGCGGGAAUCCGUUUGGCGGCGGCGGUGGUGGGAGAGGAGGCGGGCGGUCGAGAGUGAGAAGAGGAGAAGACGUCGUCCACGGGUUGAAGUUAUCGUUAGAGGAUUUAUACAACGGCGUGACGAAGAAGUUAUCGCUGGCGAAGAAUAUUAUUUGCCCGAAGUGUACCGGGACCGGGUCCAAGUCCGGCGCCUUGGGUACGUGUCGAACGUGUUCCGGUUCCGGCGUGAAGUUGGUCGUUCGACAAAUUGCUCCGGGCAUGGUGCAACAAAUGCAAACCGUCUGUCCGGAUUGUCACGGAAACGGUCAAACGAUUUCGGAAAAAGACAAAUGUCCGGGAUGUAAAGCGCAAAAAGUGGUCCAAGAGAAGAAAGUUUUGGAAGUGCACAUCGAGAAAGGUAUGAUGCACAACCAAAAGAUUGUGUUUAACGGCGAAGCGGACGAGGCGCCGGAUACCGUUCCCGGGGAUAUUGUUUUUGUUGUUCAACAAAAAGAACACAAGACGUUCACGAGAAAAGGAAGCGAUUUGUUCUUUGAGAAGAAGUUGACGUUGACCGAGGCGUUGUGCGGUUUCAAGUUUCAAAUCGAACACUUGGAUGGACGAAAAUUAAUCGUCGGGUGCGAGCCGGGAGAGAUUAUUCGCCCGGGAGAUUUGAAAUCCAUCCAAAACGAAGGCAUGCCAAUCCGAGGGAACCCGUUCAACAAGGGGAAAAUGUUUGUGAAGUUUACCAUCGAGUUCCCGAAGAACGGCGAGAUGUCCGGCGAUCAAAUCCAAGCGUUGGAGAACAUCUUACCGAAACGACCGACGGUUGAAUUAGACUUGGAACACGGCGAGGAAUCGGAUUUGCACGACGUCGACCCGCAAGUAGAAGCGAGAAGGAGAGAAGAGGAGAAGAGAGCGGCUGGGAACGCCUACGAUGAAGAGGACGAGGACGAGAGAGGAGGCGAGAGAGUGCAGUGCGCGCAACAAUAA